AUGGCCAACAAAGAAUACACCGAAGAGGAGCUGAAUUAUUUCCGUGUUUGUUACAUCACCACCCACAUCAUCAGGGAAGGUCUUAAAGAACUGUUUAAACGUGAAUGGGACCGACACCACAGUCCUGGGUUUGGUUUAUGGCAAGAUACUGCAAGAAAUGGGCAGGAUUUCUUUAGAAUGGAAUCAGGAAAGAGUCGUUCAAAAAAUUCAAGACUCUUGACUAUCAUUCAAAAUGGAAACACAGAAGAAUGGGAUUGUACAUGUUUUUUCUUCGCAAUUCUCUAUUCUGACACCCUAGGGUAUGUAAUAAGUCCAGCAGUCGCUAAAGAUGUAGACGAUUUGCGAAAGUUCCGUAAUGAAGUAUUUGCACAUUGCUCUAAAGCUUCUUUCCCUGAAGCAGAGUAUCAGAGAUGUUUAUCUAAAGUGUUAAAUGCAUUCACGUCCCUUCAUCUUUCCGCUGUAGAGCUGCAGAGGAUAAUCAACCAAAAAGGUUUUCCCACCGAGGAACUUCAGAAGCUUCAAGAACAGGUGACGAUCUUGGAAGAUGAAAUACAAGGUAAACCUAAACCUUUCAUGAUUCUUCCACAAGCGCCAUCACAUGCGGUUGUCGAAAGGAAGGUGGAAGUUGAAGACAUCAUGCAGAAGUUCUCAGAUCUCCAGACGAACAACAAGGAUGCUUCUGUGGCUACGAUUUAUAUCUCUGGUAAUCCUGGAUGUGGCAAAAGUCAAAUUGCUCGAGAAGUUGGUAAGCAAUUUUUUGAAAGAGAAGCCGCUACGAAUGACUGUGAUAGUUGCACCCUUGUGAUGACCUUUAAUGCUGAAAGCGAGCAGUCUUUGCUAGAUUCUUACUGUAAGUUUGCCCUCAAGGUUGGUGUCACCGAAUAUUCCCUUAACAGCAUCACCGGAGGGGACUCCAUUUUGUUGCCCGAUGAAAAGAUUUGUCAUCUAAAAACUCUUGUUUCUGCCAAAAUGGAAAACUAUUCCAGCUGGCUUCUUAUAUAUGACAAUGUUAAUGAGCUUAAAGAUUUGUCAGGGUCUACAAAUGACUGGUUGCGUUGUGGAGAUCACUUGCCUGGUGAGCAUUGGGGAGGUUGUGGACAUGUUCUUGUUACUACCCAGGACAGUAUUAACAUACCUGAAGCUGAUCCUCUUUGUGAAAGUGUUUCUCUUAGUAAGGGAAUGCAGUCUGAAGAUGCUCGGAUUCUACUUCGAAAAAUUUGUUGUUUUGCCUGUGAUAGUGAAGAAGAGUCCUUAGUCCUGAAUGCUUUAGACUAUCAACCUUUGGCUAUUGCCUGUGCUGCAAUUUAUGUUCGUUACAUUGGAGUAAGCCAUACGAAAAGUUCGAGUAACGUUUGGAAAGAAUACCUGAGGAAAUUAGAAACAUUGGAAAAGCGAGCUUCCACAGAGAAAGUUUAUGAAUGGACAAGCAGGUCUUAUCGACCUUCAAUGACUGCUGCUGUCACCUUGGCAUCGGAAAAACUGGUUCAGGAGCCAUGUUUUGAACACGUGGCUCCAUUUCUUGCCAUGGGUGCACCAACGCCUGUACACGUGGAUUUAAUUGUCCGUUAUCUUAUAGAACAUGAUCCAGAUUGCGAUAAAGACUUGGCAGCUGCAAAAAUCGUGAAAUGCCCCCUGCUAAUGCAACAUUGCCCUGUUGACUGUUCAAAGGUACAAGUUAAGAUGCACCAAGUUGUCCACAAAGUCUUUCAGAAGUACCUUCUUGAUAGGUAUAGUGAUGAGCAGAUUGCAGAAUUAAUUCUGUUGUACAUUGAAAUACUGUCCACCUCUGCCCAACAUGACCCUCUUGAUUUUGACCUGAACUUUCAUAUGACUUCAAAAAUGAUGGCUCCUCACUUGAAAACCCUUUGUCAUCGGCCCUCUCCGGUUUGGAAAUUAGUCUUGGCGAAAAGCAGUGAAAGAAAUGCACUGCCAAGUACUUUUUUCAGUUUUGGGGAUAUUUGUAGGAAACAUUUUUUCUUGUCUGAGGCUUGGGAUUAUUUCCAUAAAGCCUUGAAAAUAGCUAAAGAUGGCUACGACAGUGGCGAUAAAAAGCAGAUAAAUUUUAUUGCCACUAUUUUAAACAAUCAAGGUCUGAUUUUUCAUGAAAAUGGCGAGUAUGAAGAGGCUGAACUGUACUACAAGCGUGCUCUAGAUACUCUCAGGGCACUACACCCACCAAACACAUGUCUGCCAGAAAUUGCAGACUCACUGAGUAAACUGGGAACACUCUACUACACAAUUUCUUACAAGGAAAUUGCCGAUAGACAACGUGGAAGACGAGAUUACGUGAUGCAGCAAUACGGUCUCGAGCCUUCUAGUUUGGCUAUAUGUGACUACGAUGACAACUCAUAUAUGGAAAAAGCAAAGUGUUACUUCCAGCAGUCCCUUGACAUGAGAAAAAAGCUGUACGGUCUUGAGCAUUCUGAAGUUGCAGCUUCACUUUCGAAUGUUGCUUCCAUUCACUAUGUGAUGGGUGACUUAGAAACUGCAAAGGAGUUUUUUCAACGUUCACAUGCUCUUAGAAAAAGGAUUUAUGGCGAAGAACAUCCCUGUGUUGCAGAUUCUUUGAACAAUCUUGGAAUUUUGCAUAGCAAAAUUGGCCUCAAGAUGGAGGCAAUUCAAUAUCUGGAAAAGGCAUUCGAAAUGAGAAAGAAGCUCUUCUUUUAUGAUCAUGCUGUGAUAGCUGAUUCAUGUAAUAACCUUGCUCUUGCUUAUCAAUACAAUGGUCAACUUGAGAAAGCAAAGGAAUGCUUUGAAGAAGCAUUGCGUAUCAGAGAAAGAGUCUCCGGAAAAGAACAUGCGUUGAUAGCAGCAGUGUUGUAUAAUUUCAGUGACCUGUACUGGAGAUUGGGUGAAAUGAAGAAAUGUAAAGAGCUUCAUAAUCGUGCUCGCCAGAUAGUGAAC